AUGUCUGAUAAAUUAUUAAAAUUUUUAUCCAAGGAUUAUAGUAACGUACUUGAAACCGGUGAAUUUUCCGAUACAGAAAUAUUAGUUGGAGGACUUGUCUCCAAAGUAUUUCGUCUACACUCAUUUGUAUUAAAAAUUAGAUCUCCCUACUUUCGUACCGCUUUGUCAGAAAAUUGGGUACGAACUAAAAAUGACAUCAUCAAACUCCAAAAACCAAAUAUUCCCAUUAGAGUUUUUAAUAUUCUUGUCGAGUAUAUGUACGCCGGGACUAUCAAUCUUACAAAACAAGAUACCAGAACGAAUAUUGCGCUUUUGAUUGCAGCUGAUGAAUUAUGUCUUAAUGACUUGUGUGCAUACAUUGAAGAAGAUCUUCUUAAAAAUAAAGAGUUGUUAAAACAAAACUUCGUCCUUAUUCAUCAAAUCGCAAAUCAAUUCAGUCAUUUUACGAAAUUAUUUAAGUUCCAUCAAGAUACUUUUCAACAAGAUUCCUCAUUAAUUUUCAAAGCAAAAGAUUUCACAACUAUUAAGCAAGAUGUACUUAUUGAUAUUAUGGGAUCUAAUCAUUUCUUGAAACAGAUUGAAAUCUGGGACAAGCUUAUAGAGUGGGCAAUUGCACAAACUAAUGAUUUACCAUUGGAAAUCACAAAGUGGACCGCUGAUAAUGUUUCUACCUUUGGGAACAUCAUUCAACCAUUUAUCUCACAUGUUGAUUUUAAAGAAAUUCAUCCUGCUGAUUUCUUUCAAAAGAUUAAACCUUUAAAAGAAAUUUUUAAUAUUGAAUAUUAUGUUAAACUCCUUGAAUUUUAUUCUUUUAAUGACAAUA